CAUGAAGAAAGGCGUGGAAACGGCAACGACAACUACCAAGGCAGUCGUUGCAGCAGCCGCGGCCGCUGCAGCAGCAGCCACCUUGGCGAAGGAAAGCGUUGAUCUCUGGACGCAGCAGGACUGGAUCAAGACCAUUCUGUCGAAAUCGGGCACCGAAAUUAAGGAAGUUCCGGCAGAAGAUCUAUGCAAAAUGGUGUAUUAUUCUGGUCUUCCGCUGCUUAUGACGCAACAACAGCAGCAGCAGCAGCAGCAACACGGUUCAGAUGGAACGAUUCUGCAGCUAAACUACAGCGAUGCAACGAGUGCCGAGCAAUACGCAAUAUCGGGCCAUCCGUCUCGCAACGGUGGUCCAAAUGCUUAUCAGCCACAGCAACAACAUCACACGAUCAGCCUCACUAAUGGGCUCACGAUCAGCAACGGACCUCAGAGUUGUAGCAGCACGAGCAGCAGUACCAGUAGCAAUAGUAGUAGUAACGGUCAGUUGACAAUUGUACUGAACCCACCAGUCACGGUCCAGGGUCAGCCCUCAUCAAACCUGACCACCUCCACACUCGCCGGAGCCUAUGGUGGUCCGAUAUCUCCGCUCGGUGAAAGAGGACCAUCCUCCUCUCCAGAACAGUCGGCUUAUUCGGGACCGUUAAGCAGCAGCCCAACCGUGAGCUCCAAAUUUCGCUGUGAGCAGUGCAACAUAAGCUUUGGCAGUAAGAGCGCUCACACCAGCCAUAUGAAAUCUCAUGCCAAACAGCAGCAGCUAGCAGGGGAGAAGAUAACCGGUGCCAAACUGGCAGAGUCGGGGUCUGCUGGCAGUGGUACGGGUGCAGGCACCGCUGGCACCCAGCAACCCGACCCGUACCAGUGCGAUGUGUGCAAGAAAACGUUCGCUGUGCCGGCACGGCUCGUACGUCACUAUCGUACGCACACCGGGGAGCGACCGUUCGAGUGCGAAUUUUGCCAUAAGAUGUUUAGCGUGAAGGAGAAUCUGCAGGUGCAUCGGCGGAUCCACACGAAGGAACGGCCGUACAAGUGUGAGAUUUGUGGCCGUGCGUUCGAGCAUAGCGGCAAGCUGCACCGGCACAUGCGCAUCCAUACCGGGGAACGGCCCCACAAGUGCAACGUGUGCGGUAAAACGUUCAUCCAGUCGGGUCAGCUAGUGAUUCACAUGCGGACACAUACCGGUGAAAAACCCUACAAAUGCCCAGUGGAAGGAUGCGGAAAAGGGUUUACGUGUAGCAAACAGCUGAAGGUACACUCACGGACGCAUACGGGCGAAAAGCCGUACCAUUGUGAUAUCUGUUUCCGGGACUUUGGCUACAAUCACGUGCUGAAGCUACACCGUGUGCAGCAUUACGGAGCCAAAUGCUACAAGUGCACCAUUUGUGACGAAACGUUUAAGAGCAAGAAAGAAAUGGAGGCUCACAUUAAGGGUCACGCGAACGAGCUGCCAGACGAUGAGGAAGGUGCACCGGAAGGUGCAGGUGAUUGCAAGCUGGAGGAUGUGUCCGCAUCGGCACCAUCCUCCACUGCGCUGGAAAGCACCGGUGGAAAUAGCAAUAGCAGCAGCAGCAACAGUUCGUUUGAGUACUCUUCCCGGAUGAGCUAUACCGAGGGUACGGAGCAUACGCCCUCCAGUGAUGAACGUUCAGGGCAAGCUUCGUCUUCGGAGGUGGGUCGAUUUACGAUUCUGAAAUCAUCCUCACCAUCUCCCCGGUCCUCCUCCGUGGGAGUGAACGACGAGCCACCGGCUAGUGUCGAGGAGGACGAUGAAGAGGAAGAUGAAGAAGGUGAGGACGAAGAAGAAGAAGACAACGAUCGGAAGCAAAUCCCACGGUACGACGGAAUGGGUCAAUCGUUUGACGAGUCGUUACAACGCGCGUACGGUGGCAUACCGACUGGUGGCGUUGCUCCGGCACUGCUAGCAGCGGCUUCCAUUGCGGCAGCAGUUGAAAAUGGCUGCACGGAGGUGAAAUUCUGUCCCGAAAUGAAGCCUCGUUCGAUCUCACCAGUGCAACAGUCGGCUGCACUUUCCCUCACCAGGAUCACUCCACCGCCGUCCUCCGGUUCUUCGUCGUCUUCUUCAUCAUCGUCGUCAUCGGUGUUAUCGAUCCCGGCGGCCGUAAGUGUUUCCUCGACCCAUCUCGAACUGACGCCCGGUCUGACUGCGGAAAUGGCUUCCAGUGCGGGACAGUACAUGUACGAACCGUUGGCCAUUAUGAAGCACCACGGUUACUUUGCACCAGCGUCACAAAUUACAGAAUAUCGUUCAUCCAGUGACAUAGUGCGGCAGGUGGAAGCGGCCAUUGCUGGGACCGAAAAUCUUCUCACGCCACCACGCUCCUCCCCGGAGUCUCCGGACCGCUCGUCCUCACCCGAAUCCGAUUCAGUAUUAAUGGCCGACAGGGACAACAACACGUUGCCACCACGCAAGCGGAAACUGUACUUCAAGGACAGCCAGCAGCAGCCCCAAUCGGUGUCCGCUCCCAAGAUGGCGGUACUUGAUUCUGUCACUGCGACGCAGCAAUACAGUGUCCCGAUGGGUGGACAGCAGCAACAUCAGUCCUUGGAUACAAAUGCCGGCCAUCAACAGCUUUUCCAUCACCAUCAUCAAGUUCCAGCACAGCGACACACAACGGAGGAGAACCAUCAAACGGCGGCCUAUUAUCAUCUUCAUCAUGAUCAUCAUCAGCCGAGACCGGACGAGCAGCGUUCUGUGAAGCUGGAAGUGCUUCAGAAUGUAUCACCAAGCCACCACCACCACCGCGAAGAACAGCGGCGGCAACAGCAAUCACCCAUACCGACACAACCUCAGGCCUCCGUCAUACGGAUGAGCUCCGUGAUUCAGUACGCGAACAAGUCAUCGUAGAGUUUAGGGAUGGUUCGAGUAGCGGCCACAUAUU